CCUUCCCUUCGCUCCCUUUACUAAUUACUAUAUUUUCUUUCAUAAAGUGCCGCCUGAGGUUCAUGAAAGCCACCCCUUCGGCUCCUCCUCCCCUUUCCUCCCCUUCAACCACCUUUCACAGGAGCUUACAUGAGUUUCGCGACAGCGCAACAGCGACGCGGCCCUUGUAGCGAGUUUCGCGCCGACUGUGCUUGCCCUCCAAAGCCACCGAUCCAGCCAGACCGCACUAAGCCCUCAACCUACCUGUCCCUGCCUGUCAUCUGUAUUAAAACUCUGAUCACUAAUCUACCCCCCCCUCUCUUUGCCUCUCCGUCAGGACCUCAAACAAUGUCUCGCUCCCUUUGAGAUGACAUCUCCCCUUUUCUGAAAACGCCCAGACUCCUUGGA